AAGGUUGACUCCGAAAUGGCAGACUGUAACUUAACAGAAGAACAGAUUGCAGAAUUUCAGGAAGCGUUUACGCUUUUUGACAAGGAUGGAGAUGGAACUAUAACAACCAAAGAAUUGGGAACAGUUAUGAGAUCUCUCGGACAAAAUCCCACGGAGGCAGAGCUUCAUGACAUGAUUAACGAGGUGGAUGCCGACGGAAAUGGAACCAUAGAUUUCCCAGAAUUCUUAACAAUGAUGGCGAAAAAGAUGCAAGAUAAACAAGCUGACCAACUAACAGAAGAACAAAUUGCAGAAUUCAAAGAGGCUUUCAGUCUGUUCGACAAAGAUGGUGACGGUACCAUUACCACAAAAGAACUUGGAACUGUCAUGAGAUCUUUGGGGCAAAAUCCUACUGAAGCUGAACUACAGGACAUGAUCAACGAAGUUGACGCUGAUGGUAAUGGCACGAUAGAUUUCCCAGAAUUCCUUACUAUGAUGGCCCGAAAAAUGAAAGACUCAGAUUCCGAGGAAGAAAUCAGAGAAGCCUUCAGAGUAUUUGAUAAGGACGGCAAUGGUUUUAUAAGUGCAGCUGAACUUCGCCAUGUGAUGACAAAUCUCGGAGAAAAAUUAACAGACGAAGAAGUAGACGAGAUGAUACGAGAGGCUGACAUAGACGGCGAUGGACAAGUUAAUUAUGACGAAUUUGUGAAAAUGAUGACGUCGAAAUGAAGGAAAUUAGCCAUGAAGAGACAUACAAACAAUAAACAAAUUUUAAAUAAUAUAUUUAUCGAAAAAAACAGCAUGUGUUCAAA